AUGCUCAAUAAUAUCAAUUUGUCAUUAAGUCAAAUAGAGGAGCUCACUAAGGAUGAGACUUAGAAGGAUUAACAGACAAAGGUGAAAGUCGAAAGGAAAAUUGAAAGAAGAUUAGGAUCUACGAACAAAGAUGAAUCUGCUAAUGUUUAGAUGAAAAUCGAAAAGAGGAUUGGCUCAGCAAAACCCAAAGAUUCUCUUCAGCAAUACACCAAUACAAAAAUCAAAAACAUUUACUAAUUUUUGGAAAAUGUUGAAUCUGACUCUUCCCAAGUAAGUUAAUAAAUUCAAUAACAACCAGUGAGAAGCAUAGAGGCUAUUGAGAAGGAGCAUGAAUACCAAUCAAAGAUUUAGUAGUUGCAAGGGAUUGUCUAAACAUAAAAAAUUGAAUUGGAUGAAUAACAGAAAACUAUUGAUAAUUUAAAAUAGUUGCUAGAAAAAUCGCAAGUCAAAUUGAAGGAGUCUGAGUCUAAUUUUAAAGAAACUAUAAAUCGCAGAUUGAAUGAGCAGAAGGCUGAAUUAGAAGUGGUCAUCAAUAGACAUCUUGGAUUCAUAGAUCAAUUAAUAAAUGACAAAAAAGAACUUAAUAAUCAGGUGGAAUAGUUGACGAGUGAGUUAAAGGGAAUUGAUAAAUAAUAGAAGAGAUAAUUGGAGGAAUUGAAGAAUAAUUUUGCAAGAGAAAUUAAACAAAAAUCUGAGUAAUGGUAAAUACAGGAAAAAUAGAAGAGAGAGAAAUGGGAGAAGGAGAAGUUGGCUGAAUUGAAAGAAUAAACUAUUAAAGGAUUGGAACCUGAAUUGAACAGAAUGAUAGAAAAGAAUAAAUUAGAAAUUAAAAGAAUAGAAGAAAAAUGUCAGAAAGAAAAGGAACUAUAAAAAAUAUAAGUGAUCGAAGAGUCUGAAAUGAAAAUGUAGAUAUUCAAAGAGAAGUGGGCUGCUGAAUAUGAAUUAUUGCAAUAAAAAGAGAGAGAGGCUUAAUUAAUUAAGUAAAAGGAAUUGUAUAGGACAUAUGAAGACUAGUUUGCUAAGGAGAGGGAUGCAUAUAAGUAAAGAAUGUAAUAGGAUAUUGAGGAUUGCGAAAGAAGAAGGAAGGAAGAAGCAGAUACCUAUGUUAAAAGGAUGAAAUAGUUAUCAGAUUCUUAGGCUGAAGAGAUCAGACGCAUAAAGAGUGAUUGCUAAAGAGAAAUAGAUGAAUACAAAGAAAAGUACUUUAAUAUGGAAAGUGAAGUGAAGGAAGCAUUACGAGGAGAUUAAGAAGCUUGGAAAUAGCAAUUUACAAUAAGAGCAGAAGCUGAUAUGAAUAGACAGAUUGAGAAGAUUCAAAAGAAGUUGGAGUAGGAUAGAAAUGAUAAAAUUGAAAAAAUAGUGUAAAAAUUGGCGGAGGAGAAAUAGCAGUAUGAGUAGAAUAUUCAAAUGAAAUAUGAUAAAAAGUUAAGGGACUAAUAGGCAGGGAAGGACGAGGAGAUUAAGUAAUUGAAGAAGUAAAUUAAGGCUUUGGAAGAUAGAGAAAAUAAAGAUGGUAGUGAAUAUUAGGCAGUUUAAAAGUCGAAUUAGGAUUUGUAAAGGUUAAUUGAGAAAUAAGAACAAGAGAAUCAGAAACAUUUUAAAGAGUAAAAAAAAUUGAAGGAGGAAAUGCUUAUAUACAAAGAGAAAUUAACUUAAUUUAAGGAGGAAUAAUCGUUGGAGAUCAAGGGAAUAAAGGAAUCCCAUGAAAGAGAAAAGAGUAGGAUUACAGAGUAGAACAAUAAGUUAUAGUUUGAGUUGGCUAAUUAAAAACAAUUAUUGGAAGAGACAUUGAGAGAAUUGGAUAUCAAACAUUCAUAAAAUUUAGAAGAAAUAGAAGAAAACGUAAAGAGGAUCAUUUUGAAGAAGGAUCAUGAGAUCAAGUAGUUAAAAGAAGAAUUGAGAAUGAAGUAGUUGGCAUGUGAAAAGUACGAUGAACUAUUGAAGAAAUAAAGAUAAGAUUUACUAAGACAAGUAGAAUAAUGA